UUAACCCUGAUUACGUUGUGAUAACACAGUAGAUAUAAACCUGUACCUCACAACGAUCUGUCACUCGGAGGAAAACAUUGACCCAUUCCCAAGGGCUUCAUGUAUAUAUCAUUCUGGCGGAGAACAUCAUUCUAACAGGAUUUUUACAGUUCAGAAGAUGGCCGACUUUAAAUGCAUGCCAUGUUUGCUGACGUCUAUAUCCCUAAUCUGUUUUUGUAGUGGCCAGGCAAUGAUGGUGUCUGUUCUAUACAAACUGGAACAGUUUGAGAAGGAUCUGCAUGAGAAUAGGAUGAGUAUGCUCGCUAUGGAGGAAAGAAUACUUAACACUAUUGAUGUUGUCAGGGCAUCCUUAAGAGCCGAGUUAAAGGAAAACAUACGGGAUGAAGUGAGAAAAGCCAUGGUCGAGAACCUGCAAAAGGAGUCUCUUCAAGACAUGGUGCGAGGUCAGGUAUCCUCUGAAGUGCGACAUCUGAAACAGGGCUACCAUCAGAUGAAGAGGAAGUUGCAUCAUGUGUCAAGAUCAUUCAAAGACUUCCAAGACGAGACGAACGUAUUGCACGAAUUUCUCCUGACGAAGGCAGAAGGAUGGAAGAACUCCAGUGUCAGAGAUAAUGUUAGACUGGAAAAAGAACUACAGAAGUGUACUGCUGAUCUCAGGACUCGGAACGAGCAAUUGGAAGAUUUAAAUGAGACGUGUCAGAUCCAAUUAUCACGACUGAAAACAGCAUUUGCUGUGACUGCUUCUUCCCAAACAACUCAACAUCUUACGUCUACAGUCACGCCACCUGUUUCGACAACGCCAGUGAUGACACCCAGGCCAGAGGUGAAGAAAAGUAGGAUCCUGAUUGCUCCAGGUUGGUCAUCUACCCCAUAUCAGUUCCGUCAACUCAAUAUUCACAGUAACUCCUUGAGCGUCUAUCCGUACCACACCGUGAGGUAUGUCACAUGUAUAGCAUAUGCAUCCAAGACAAGGAAACUUCACAUAGCGUCACGCAACCCAGAUAAGAUAGUGUCAUCUGCCCUGGAUACACGUCACGUGACGGUAUUAAGAGAACGUGUACAGACAUAUGGCAUGGCAGUGGAUGAAGAUCGGGACAUCGUAUUCAUGUCCACCUUUCAACCACGACUCUCAAUCAGCCGCAUGUCUACACAGGGGGAAAACUUCACUGCCAUCAUUGACUUAUCCAGGUACGCAAGACAUCCAAGGCAAAUAACUCUUGACAAAAUGAGAAAGAGGAUAUAUGGAUGUGAUACAGAAAGGAUGUUCACUGUGACAUAUGAUGGUCAAGGCCUGACAACAUUAGCCACAGGAAGUCGAAUGUAUGCUGUAACCCUGGAUCAGACAGCAGGUGUGUUGUAUUAUGGUGUACAGAAGAAACUGAUGAAGAUGACUGUGUCCAAUAAUGUGAGUACAGAGGUGACCACACUGAACACCGUCCCCUGGAACCUGGGACUGUAUAGAGGCACCAUCUACUAUAGUGGCCAUGGUUCUCCUAUUGUAGGUGCCGUUGCUGUGACAUAUAACACUGUGGCAUAUACUCUCCAGUCAGUCAGUAUUAAGAGUGUCAAUACUCUCUGUAUGUGUUUGAUUCCCUAAAUGUAUCAAUCUGAGCGGUGGGGUAGCCUAGUGAUUAAAGUGUUCGCUCGUCACGCCGAAGACCAAGGUUCGAUUCCCCACAUGGGUACAAUGUGUGAAGCCCGUUUCCGGUGUUCCCCGCCGUCAUAUUGCUGGAAUAUUGCUAAAAACGGCGUAAAACCAUACUCAUUCACUCAUUUACUAAACGUAUUAAUCGCAUCGUGUUUUCUAUCUACAUUCCGAUCUCAUGAAAACUGGGAAACUGAUUUUAAGAUUGCAUAUUUCAUAAAGCAUGUAGCUUAUAUUGCAAUGUCUGCUUGCUGUAGGUCUCACCAAUAAAUAUAGUUUUACAGUU